AUGGGUUCCAGGCUCAGCAGGCAGAGCAGCCUGGACAAUGAGAAUUUCUCCAAAAAGCGACGCAGGCUUCUGGACGGUGCCGGAGAGGGCGAGAGGGGCAGCGGAGGCGGAGGUGGGGGGGGGGACUUUCUGUUCGCGCUCAUGCUGAAAUCGGACAAACUGCCCGGGAUGCUGCGGAGGACCAACCACAGCCCGUACGCGAGGCGAGUGGCGUGGAUCAAGGAGAUCCAGAAGCUGCUCCGUGACCGGAGGAUUGAGCAGGCGACCGACGUGCUCAGAUUACUGAGGAAGGAUUUGGGCUUGGAAGGCACCUCGCUUAAUGACAUCCUGUACAAAAAUGCUGCCUUCCUCAAUCUGGUGGAUCCGAUCUCCCAUGAGCUGCUGCUCAGCUUGGCUCGAGAGAUGCAGUGUCCAAAGAAAGAUGCGGACACCAUAAAGUCUUCCGAUAAGAUUUGUAGACAGCUGAUCUACCACCUGACUCCACACUCAAAGUGGCUGAGGCAGAGCAUGUCCAGACGGAAAUCCCAGGCCUGGGCAUUGGCCUUGGCUGAAGAUGUGUUUCUCAAGACAACUCUACAAAAAAAGCUGUCCAGUGAGAGUGUGGAUUUGUCCGGUAUCCCUCUGUCCUCCCGGGAUGUUCGGCAAGUCGCCUUCUAUCUCCAAAACAACAGGGACAGUCUGGUGGCGGUGGACAUCAGCUUUACUGAGCUCCAUGACGAGAGCCUGAGGCUGCUCCUGCCCCUUCUUGCCUCCCUGCCAAAGCUCAGCACCCUUGCUCUCAACGGCAACCGUCUCACCCUCGCUAUCCUUAAAGACAUUACCGAAAUGCUCAAAGAGCCCAAGAACUUCUCCAGCCUGGCGUGGAUCGACCUGGGUAACAACGUGGACAUUUUUACUAUGCCUCAGCCCCUGCUGGUUGCGUUACGCCGCCGUUGCAGCCUGAAGAGCAGCCUGCCCACCAUCUACGAGUACACAGAGGGCCAGCCCUACUGCUACCACCUGGAGACCUCUAUCGAGGAGCCCAGCCACUACGAUGAGGAAGAAGAGGAGGAGGAGGAGGUGGAGGACGAUGAGGAUGAUGUGGGGAAUAAGUAUGAGCUGGAGCCGUGGGGUUUAGGGGAGAAGCAGCUCUCAAAAGAGUUCACCCUUCACUACUGUGAGAGGUGA